CGAGACCCGGCUUCGGAGCAGCGGCUGCAGCCGGCAUCGCUUCUCCUGCGCUUCUUCGAGCCUCCGGUUCGUACGGUGAAGAUGCCGUUGCGGACCCGUCCGCGCAGACUCGUGCGGGCCAUGUUGUGGUGUUUCCUCUGCGUGUUGGUGCCGGCCCCACUCGCGGGGGCCUUCAACGUGGAUCUACCUUCGGCGCUCGUGCACCGGGGUCCCGAAGGAUCCAUGUUCGGAUUUGCCGUCACCGUGCACAGGGACCGCGGAUUCAACUGGCUUCUGGUUGGUGCCCCGGACGCUCAGACGCCGCAGCCCAACGUGGAUCGAGGCGGCGCUGUGUUCCGCUGCAGCACCGAGGCUUCCGGCAGUUGCCAGCCCGUGCCAUUCGACCAGAACGGGCCCACCGAAGUGUUAGUUGACCGGCGUCGGGAGCGCACGGACGACAAGUCCGGCCAGUGGUUCGGCGCCACGUUGCACAGCUCGGGCGAUGAUGGCCUCAUUGUGGCCUGCGCCCCUCGUUAUGUGUACUUCUCAAUCAAUCACAGGAGGCGUGAGCCCGUGGGCACAUGCUUCGUGUCGCACAGCUUCUUCAGCAACAUCACGGAAUUCUCGCCCUGCAAGACGUCCGCCUGGGGUUACCACAGGCAGGGAUCCUGUCAAGCCGGCUUCUCUGCAGCUAUCUCAAAGGAUAAGAAUCGCUUGUACAUUGGAGCGCCUGGAAGCUGGUACUGGCAAGGCCAGGUAUUUAUGCAGGACCUGAACAAUGUGAGAACGCGGCUCAACACGUCCGAGUCCCCUUCAUCGGACGACGACAGCUUUCUCGGAUACUCCACUGCGGCUGGCAAAUUUUCCGGUUCUAGCGACUACGAUGUGGCCGUCGGCAUGCCACGUGGCGAGAAACUCUCCGGGAAGGUGGCCCUGUACGACAGUCAGCUCCGUUCUCUGCUCAACCUUACAGGAGACCAGAUGGGCGCCUACUUCGGCUAUGCGCUGGCCACGGUGGACCUGAACGGAGACGGGCUGGACGACCUGGUGGUGGGAGCUCCCUUGUACACGGCACUCGACCUGAAGGAUGGCAGCUACGAAAGGGGUCGCGUGCACGUCUACCUGCAGAAGACAGCGAAAAACCUGGAGCGUGCUACGUUUCUGGAUGGGGAUCAAACAAAAGGACGUUUCGGCAUGUCUCUUUGCUCUCUGGGUGAUAUCGACCGCGACGGCUAUCAAGACUUCGCCGUGGGUGCCCCAUACGCUGGAACAGACUCGCGGGGCGCAGUGUACAUAUUCCUGGGCAAUCCUCGUGGCAGGCUAUCCGCUCCUUCGCAGGUGAUUAUGGCCGAAGAGGUCACGUGGGACCUCAACACGUUUGGCUUCUCUCUUUCUGGAGGACUCGAUCUGGACGGCAACGAGUAUCCUGAUCUCUUGGUUGGAGCGUACGAUUCCGAUGCUGCGGUGUAUCUCCGAAGCCGACCCGUGGUGGACCUGGAGGCGACACUCAAGAUCGACGGGGACAACCUCGAUCUGGAGGACACGACGUGUACACUAAGGGAUGGAACCAGGGUGCCAUGUUACGUCAUGACUGUAUGUCUGCGGUACACUGGCUUGGGAGCGGCGCCUUCUAUAUUGGUCUCUUACGAGUUGGCACUGGAUACGGAACGGAAGGGACCCGCGCGUGCUUUUCUGCUCGAGCAGCAAAACAGCCUGGUACGCAACAGGACCGUCCGGCUCGCCAAGGACCAGCAGUACUGCAACUCGGAGAACGCUUAUGUCUUGAAAACCAUCCGGGACAAGCUGACACCCAUUACAAUGCGGCUACGCACUGAGCUCAUCCAGACAGUGUCGACUCAGUCACUCCUCCUGCCUGUACUAAAUGGCAGCAGGCCGGCCAACGUCACCAAGGAUGUGCAAAUUCGGAAGAACUGUGGUGGUGACGGUGUGUGUGUUCCAGACUUGAAACUCAGGGUUACACCAAACAUGGAAGAGUUCCUGAUCGGCAGCACGGGCAACGUGGAACUCUCGAUGGCCAUUGACAACCGCGGUGAAGAUGCGUUCGAGACAAUGAUGUUCCUCACAAUUCCUCCGGACCUCAACUACGUCAAGGUCGAGAAAGGGAAAUUGGACCCGGCGACUUGUGGCGGUGCACAGAAACUGGCAUCGGGUGAGAGCCAGCUGGCGUGUGACGUGCAGAACCCUCUUGCCGCGGGCAAGAAGGCGCGCUUCAAGGUGAUCCUCGCCCCCGCCAGGCUCGUGCCCACCGCGUCUGAACUGAACAUCACCGUGAGAGUGAACAGCACCAACCCUGAAGUACAGGCGGCUUCCAAAGACAACGUCCUCGUUGUUCAGCUUCCAGUGACCGUGAAAGUCAACAUGACUGCUAGAGGGACUUCGUUCCCUCCCGAAGUGUACCUCAACGUGUCUCUCAUAGAGGAUAAGGAAGUGCAGACCUCGGACGACAUCGGACCACCGGUUAAGCACGUGUACGAGCUCAUCAACCGUGGCCCCAGCGUGGUCCAAGAGGCUGACGUGUACCUGGUGUGGCCCACGCACAACGUGCACGACCAGCCGCUGCUGUACCUGCUCGAGCCCCCCACGGUCCAGGGUCCCGGAAGCACGGCGAAACGGAGAUCGUGUGACGUCGUCUCGCCCGCUGGACCAAAUGAAGCCGUCGACCCUAAGCGCCUAGCGGGAUCAUCCAGAAGGCCCCGGGACAUAUCGGCGCCCAGAGUGCGUGUCCACCGUGACAUCAGGGAGUACGAACUUGAAUCUGAAUUGGGCUGCGGCGAGCUCCCGCGGUGCGCCGUGUUCCGCUGUCCCCUGGGCGGCGUCCUGUCGGCGGGCGACCGCGCCGUGGUCAGCGCCGAGUCCCGCCUGUGGCAGCGCACGGCGGCCGCCAUGGGCCAGGAGCGGCUACGCGUCUCCUCGAAGCUGGUGGCGCGUGUGGCCUCCCUCCAGUACGGCCUGCCGCCGGACAACGUGCCCCUCACGCAGCACUUCGUCUCCACGGAGGUGGUGGUGGAAGGUAUCGACACGCCAGGCCGGGAUCCCGCCUGGUGGAUCAUACUGUUGGCCGUGCUCGGAGGCCUGCUGCUGCUAGGCCUGCUCGCGCUGCUCCUGUGGAAGUUGGGCUUCUUCAAGAGGAAAAGGCCGCAGGACCAGGAACCCCUGAACCCGCCGGAGAAAAAUGGCUACCGUUUGGCACAGGGUGACGAAGCUCUGUGAAGUGGAGGCGACAAUCAACGUCGUGUUCGGGCCGCAACUAAUGCAUGGGGUACGACGGGAAGUCUGGUCCGGGGCUGGCCGUGCUACCUUCGUCAGCUGAAGAAGUUGGCCUGCUGACCUGAAACAGGGGCAUUGCGUGCCAAGUCUGUCAUCAUCCUGUACCUGGAGUUGCUUCGAGGCGCCUGUGAAUCCAUGAAGAAAUUCGAUGACCUAAGACAAUGGGCGAAUGCUAGUUUCAUAUUAAUACGGAUUGACAAACCGCUGUAGCACUUCUCUACAUGCACUGAAAGGAUUGGAAAACCAAGACAAUGUGUUUGAACAGAAGUAUACUUCUGGAAGGCGUUGGCGCUUUGAUGCUGAAAUAUUUAUCUCUUAGGAGUUGCAUGCUGAAGCAAGUCAGAGUAAGUCAGUGUCUGUUAAGUAUGACAUAAAGCCAGGCUUAAAUUUGUAGCAUUGAUUUUACAUUUGAGUACGUUAUUAUCAGUGCCAAGUGUGAACGGAACAAGGAACGCUCUACCGCCUUCGACGGGAAAUCACGGGACGUGCUUCGGCGUUCUGUACAAGCAAUCUGAGCAAUAGAUUCUGGCUAACAUUCCUUCGAUUACCUCCGAAGGCGGCAUCAAGUUUUUAUCCAUUGCAAAGGAACAGUUACUUCAUAUUUAAGUCUCUGUACGAGUAGACAUUUGACUUACUACAACUUUAAUUUAUGCUAUUUAUGUUGCCGAAUUUUCGAAGGAAAAAAAAUGAAGUGAUUCCUCGUUCCCUGGAGAUAUUUGUGGCACAAGAGCUUCUUGCCAGUGUGAGGAAAUCUCACUUGCACAGUUUGGAGCCAUGCUAUAAUACCGAGGAAAUUGUUCUUCAAAUCGUCAGCGUUUUAUCUAUCAAAACUCACAAUCCUUCAAGCUAGAUAUUAUUAAUUGUCAAAGUUCUGUGGCACAGGUAUUGAUACUCAGUAAAGAACAGAAGAUUCAACGUUGGUACUCCUCUCUAGGACGCGUCUUUUUCAAUUGUGUUUGUUAUUUGCCUUUAUUUGUCACAUCAUGUCUUGUGAUUCGCUCACGAUACUUUUCAUACUCAUUUCGGGUCAUGCCCAUUUCAACCUGAAGCUUCAAAACAGGGCUAGAAAUUACGAUGGCCCACUUGGCCGAUCGAAGCAAGCGCAAUUAGCGAUGGUACACGGUUUGUCCGAGUGUACAGCCAAGCGGGUUUAUGGACGUACCAGUGAGUUGCAUUUAUUCAUCAUUACACCGAGUGAAUGAGACUGCUUCUCGGGAAGUUUUGCCAGCGCCGGCGGAACAAGUGCACCGGGCCCUCUUAAGCACGCCGGGCCUUGGCAGCAGAUCUCAUGAAUCGUGUUGUGCGCGCUUUCUAUUUAUUUGCGCUGAGCAUUUUCGACGGGGAAUGGUCUUCCCGCACGAAUACGGCCCAGCUGACACUGCCGUUGUGGCUUUAAAUAAAAACGGUUUUGUUCGUUU